AUGGAGUUUGAUAUCCAGGGCUCUAUGUUGUUCAGGCCGCAGGCCGAGGAGCCAAUCAACAUCGAGGAUUCGCUUCUCUUUGGACUGUCUCAGGUUCAGCCAGAAUCACAGAUCUUCGAGGAUAGAUCAGAUAAGGGGUUCAAGAAGGCAAAGUUGACGAAUGGCAGACAGAUAUUGCUAAAGAAGAGAAUGCCUAAGCACGUGGCGGUGGACUAUUCAGAUAGCUUUCUUGAUAUGGAUAAGCUCCAUGCACAGGUAGAGAAGAGGAAGAAGGUCAGGGAAGCUACGGAUGAAGUUAGAAGAACUAGAGUUAAGGAAUCUGCUGUUCUGAAAUCGCCACAAACUUUCGCCGCAAACGGCGUCUGGACUGAAAAGUACCGGCCCUCAACCUACUUCCAGCUAUGUCCAGCAGGUAACGAGCGCCAGUACCGUACUGUCAUGCAUUGGCUUCGAGACAAGCAGAGGGAAAAGAAGAUUUUGCUUGUUCAUGGGCCUGCGGGCGUGGGUAAGACGUCAGCAGCUCAUUGUCUUGCAAGCCAGGCUGGUUUUGGCACCUAUGAAGUGAACGCUGCCAAUGCAUUGGACGAUAGCGGUUCUUCGUCAGCUUCAGCAUACGGCCGCCAGCUUUCUACACUUCGUCUUCGUAUGAAAAAUGCCCUUUUUACAAACGACGUGAUGUCGCCUGGGAAACCAACUUGUCUUAUCGUUGAUGAAAUCGAUUGUGCUGCCAAUGCCAACGACUUGGUUAGGGUGCUUACGGGGCUUAUUCAGUCCAAGAAACAGCCUGUAACGAGGCCUAUUAUUUGCAUUGCUAACGAUGCCUUUUCUGGAAAGGCUAUGGAAAAACUACGUCCCUUUUGUGAACUCGUGGCGUUUAGAAGACCAGUAGCUUCUUCUGGUCCUGGAAAGAGCCAGAGAGUGAACCUCAACGCUCAAAAGGCAGUUAAGCAGCACCUCAUGGAAAUUUCCGAAAAGGAAGGUCUCGGGAUGGAUAGAAGAGAGAUAACGGAUGUGUUUGAGACCUGUGAAGGUGAUAUGCGUGCUUGUAUUAACCAGAUGCAAUUUUCUGGACGUAAACUCGAUAAAGCUCUCUUUGUUGGUGCUUCUACAGUUUACGCAUCUAAAGAUAAGAAUGUGUCCUGGUUUACACUCGUGGAUAGACUUUUUGCCAGAAACCUGAAGCUCUCCAAGAACGAAGACGCUUUGGAUGUAUUUGACAUGUUAUUAUCUGGUGAAGGUAACGCUAUGGGCUCUCUAGAUAAGGUCGUACGUGGAUGCUUUAAUCGUUACUUGGAGGCUACUCAUUUGCAAGAUGAUUCGGUUCUACGUCCCGCUGAUAUUUCCGACUGGCUCUUCUACUAUGAUCAUUUCAAUUACCACUCAGAUCCAGCUGGCUACUCUACUUUGGCUGCACUUAAAUUCUGGUCGUUGUUUAGUGAAAUCGAUCCUCCCAGAAACCAGGAAUGCGUUAUCGUGCCAAACGCCAAAAACUUGGACUUUGAAGCGAUGGAGGCUGGUAAACAAAACAGUGCCGUGUUGGAGACAUUCAGCGCCAAUUUACCUAUCAGCAUGAAGCUUUCAUGUUCGUCCAGUAAGGGGUUCUUUGCAUGUCAUUUUCUUCCCAUCUUGGAAACUAUUCUUUCUCCUGAUACCGGUUCUGCUCGUGUCAAGCUGACUAUGCAAAAGCACGAGAAGAGAAACAUUGAAAAGAUAGCCUCGCUUAUCAAGUUAUUUGACAUGAGACUAGAGACGACAAAGAAUGUCGAAACAAGCUCCGUCACUUAUGCAUUUGGUCCAAACAUCGACCCAAUUACUAUCUACGACACCGGCAGUGCUCCGGUAACACUGGAGCAAAAGAACAGAAGACUCAAUUCCAGAAGAAAAUGGUUGUUCCCGCUUAUCAAAGCCGAGAUGGAUCUAGCCACGGCGAAUAACUUGAAACGUGUGGCUACGCGAGCAGCGCCUGAAGUGAAGAAAGUAAAGCGUCCCAAGUUACUUAGUGCUCCAGAUCACUUCAAGAUACCUGAUAAAGAUGCCGACAAACAGGAAGAAUUGACUGCUACGCAAGCAAAGGAACAACACGAGGCCACGAGAAUCUGGGUCAAGUACCAUGAAGGUUUCUCCAAUGCAGUCAGGAAGAACAUUGGCUGGAUGGAUCUUUGGGCUUAA